GCUGGGCAGGAUGGCUGAGUUUAUUGUUGUAAUGAGGAAGCCGCUGCUUUAGUUUCUUCUUAUGAGGGCUGUGAAGAGGGCCAGAACACUACAUUCGGGAUACCACGGCCAUUUUGCCUUAGAUAACUGGCAUUACCUGGGGACUUCAGGGCUCUUGGAAAUUUUCCACUCGUAUUUCAUUUUCACGAAAGAAUUUCCAGCCCAGGCUUUUCCUGCUCUGGCUCACUGCUGCUCACAGAUAUGCAAAACAGAGACCUCCCACUCCACCCACUCCAGCCGGCAGACAGGACCUAGCCAGCUGCACGCAGGCACUGACUCAGCUGAGCCUCCUGGGCGGCAGGCAGCACCUGGCCCGGGUGCAUCGCUUGAGUGGCAUCUUCAGGACCAGUCAUGGAGCCAGGCUCAGGAUUCUUUUUUUAAAAGAAAUUUCUAGAAGUGGAGUUGCUUAGUCAAAUGGUGUGGUGCUGUAUGGCAUUUGCGGCCUUUUGCCUGGGCCUGUUGGAUGUCUUCUUCUGAGAUGCAAUGUGAGGUUUUGGGACAACGCUCUUGACUUGUGGCCUUGGAAUAAGACGGGGAGCCGAGAUGCCGCGGCAGUUUCCCAAGCUGAACAUCUCUGAAGUGGAUGAGCAAGUCCGGCUCCUGGCGGAGAAGGUGUUUGCUAAAGUGCUCCGAGAAGAGGACAGCAAAGAUGCACUGUCCCUGUUCACUGUCCCAGAGGACUGCCCCAUCGGGCAAAAGGAAGCCAAGGAGAGGGAGCUGCAGAAGGAGCUGGCGGAGCAGAAGUCUGUGGAGACCGCAAAAAGAAAGAAAAGUUUCAAGAUGAUUCGGUCCCAGUCCCUGUCUCUGCAAAUGCCGACACAGCAAGAUUGGAAGGGCCCCCCGGCAGCCAGUCCGGCCAUGUCUCCCACAACCCCUGUGGUCACUGGAGCCACUUCCCAGCCCACGCCAGCACCCUAUGCCAUGCCUGAGUUCCAGCGGGUCACCAUCAGCGGAGAUUACUGUGCCGGGAUCACUUUGGAGGACUACGAGCAGGCAGCCAAGAGCCUGGCCAAGGCCCUAAUGAUCCGGGAGAAAUAUGCAAGGCUCGCCUACCACCGCUUCCCGCGGAUCACAUCCCAGUACCUGGGUCAUCCGCAGGCAGAUACUGCACCUCCGAAAGAGGGCCUUCCAGACUUCCACCCUCCUCCACUGCCCCAGGAAGACCCCUACUGCCUGGACGAUGCACCCCCCAACCUGGAUUACUUGGUCCACAUGCAGGGGGGCAUUCUCUUCGUGUAUGAUAACAAGAAGAUGCUGGAGCGCCAGGAACCGCACAGCCUGCCCUACCCCGACCUGGAGACGUACACGGUGGACAUGAGCCACAUCCUGGCUCUCAUCACCGAUGGCCCCACGAAAACCUAUUGUCACCGACGACUGAACUUUCUGGAAUCCAAGUUCAGCCUUCAUGAGAUGUUAAACGAAAUGUCUGAGUUCAAAGAGUUGAAGAGUAACCCCCACCGGGACUUCUAUAACGUGAGAAAGGUGGACACGCACAUCCAUGCGGCUGCCUGCAUGAACCAAAAGCAUCUGCUGCGCUUCAUCAAGCACACGUACCAGACGGAGCCUGACAGGACUGUGGCGGAGAAGCGGGGCCAGAAGAUCACCCUGCGGCAGGUGUUUGACAGCCUGCACAUGGACCCCUACGACCUCACUGUGGACUCACUGGAUGUCCACGCGGGCCGGCAGACAUUCCACCGCUUUGACAAGUUCAACUCCAAAUACAACCCUGUGGGGGCCAGUGAGCUGCGUGACCUGUAUUUGAAAACUGAAAACUAUCUGGGAGGAGAGUACUUUGCUCGGAUGGUCAAGGAGGUUGCCCGGGAGCUGGAGGAGAGCAAGUACCAGUACUCAGAGCCACGGCUCUCCAUCUACGGCCGCAGUCCCGAGGAGUGGCCCAACCUGGCCCGCUGGUUCAUCCAGCACAAGGUCUACUCUCCCAACAUGCGCUGGAUCAUCCAGGUGCCCCGGAUCUAUGACAUAUUUAGGUCAAAGAAGCUGCUGCCGAACUUUGGGAAGAUGCUGGAGAACAUCUUCCUGCCCCUUUUCGAGGCUACAAUCAACCCCCAAGAUCAUCGAGAGCUUCACCUCUUCCUUAAAUACGUGACGGGGUUCGACAGCGUGGAUGAUGAGUCCAAGCACAGCGACCACAUGUUUUCUGACAAGAGCCCGAGCCCAGACGUCUGGACCAGCGAGCAGAACCCACCCUACAGCUACUACCUGUACUACAUGUAUGCCAACAUCAUGGUGCUCAACAACCUCCGCAGGGAGCGCGGCCUGAGCACGUUCCUGUUCCGGCCGCACUGUGGGGAGGCCGGCUCCAUCACCCACCUGGUGUCUGCCUUCCUCACUGCUGACAACAUUUCCCAUGGGCUGCUCCUUAAGAAGAGUCCGGUAUUGCAGUAUCUCUACUACCUUGCUCAGAUCCCCAUUGCUAUGUCUCCUCUUAGCAAUAACAGUUUGUUCCUCGAAUAUUCCAAGAACCCUCUGAGGGAAUUCCUGCACAAGGGACUGCACGUUUCUCUUUCCACCGAUGACCCUAUGCAGUUCCACUACACAAAGGAAGCACUUAUGGAAGAAUAUGCCAUUGCAGCUCAAGUGUGGAAGCUGAGCACCUGCGACCUGUGUGAGAUUGCCAGGAACAGCGUGCUGCAGAGCGGCCUCUCGCAUCAGGAAAAGCAAAAGUUUCUGGGACAAAAUUAUUAUAAAGAAGGACCUGAAGGAAAUGAUAUUCGAAAGACAAAUGUGGCUCAGAUCCGGAUGGCAUUCCGAUACGAGACCUUAUGCAAUGAGCUCAGCUUCCUGUCUGAUGCUAUGAAAUCAGAAGAGAUCACUGCCUUGACCAAAUAGGUCCAGCAUUUGACAUGCAUUUGAACUUUUUGGUUCAAUUUCAAGUCUGCUGUGGCUAAUAGUGGUCAAGAUUCUAAACUAGGACUUUCCUCUGUUAAGAGGAUGCCUCUGAAGAAAUUUUAAACUGGUGAUUUUGGUUGCACUGCUCACUUUAAGAUUUAACAUGAUCACUUGUAUUUCUGAGUAACAAGAUGGUGACUUCUCCUUGGGGAUCUGGGAGCUGAGCACUUGUCUAUACUUGUUCCUAAUUUUCCAAUUAUUUCUCUUGAAACUGCCAGUGCCUGAACUGUUGGGGCCAGGAUUUUCCAUGGUCGGAUGCCAAGUAACAUGAGGUCUGUGUGGUUUUCUGCCAUAGUUUUCUCCAUUGGCCCAAGUAGGCUUAUUGGUAGUUGUUCAUUUCAGCCUCUGGCUGGCUGGCUGCCUUAAACACAAUCAAUUUCAAAGCUCCAUUUCAUAAAGGGGCUACUUUGAGGGAGUUAAGAUGGAAGACUUCCUUCUUGA